CACUCGACGCUGUCUCGUAAGUUCGUGGAGGUGAUGACUGAGUACAACACCACGCAGUCCAAGUACCGCGACCGCUGCAAGGACCGCAUCCAGAGACAGCUGGAGAUCACUGGGAGGACCACCACCAAUGAAGAACUAGAGGACAUGUUGGAGAGUGGCAAGCUGGCCAUCUUCACGGAUGAUAUCAAAAUGGACUCUCAGAUGACCAAGCAGGCUCUGAAUGAGAUCGAGACCAGACACACCGAGAUCAUCAAGCUGGAAAACAGCAUCCGUGAGCUGCACGACAUGUUCGUCGACAUGGCCAUGCUGGUCGAGAGCCAGGGAGAGAUGAUUGACAGAAUUGAGUACAAUGUUGAACACUCCGUUGACUACGUGGAGCGAGCCGUAUCCGACACCAAGAAGGCCGUCAAAUACCAGAGCCAGGCCCGCAAGAAGAAGAUCAUGAUCAUCAUCUGCUGUGUCAUCCUGGGCGUCGUCCUGGCGUCAACCAUCGGCGGCACGCUUGGCUUCUAAGACGCUCCGCCUCUUGCUGGUGUGACGACCGACAGGACCGACCGUCUGACCGCCAGCAGAGAAGAGAAACACCGACGAUAACAACACAAAAACUUGAAACACAAAUGCAAGACAGAUAACCAAUCAGCUAGGGAGAGAUAACAAUCCAAUCACUGAUAAGAGGAAACACCAUGGGGUUGGGUGGGGUUCAAAAGACAAAGACAAAAAAAACACAAUAAAAAUGCCAUCACAUUAUAGCUGACUUAAAUACAUAACGCAUACAAAAGAGGGUGCAAAUAAACCUACUAUUUAUUACAGUUGCACAUGUAAAUGUAUUGAACAUAUGAAGCAACACGUGGGUUAGCUACCUGUAAAAAAUGAUGACCUAGAAUAUGACAUUUAUUUGUUUGUUUUGCCUUUUUUUGUUCUUGUUUUUUUUAAGUUUCUUUCUUUUUUCGGGAGUCUCCAAGGACAGUAAUGGUGACUUGCUGCUGGGUGUGAGUUCUCCGGGACGAGCAUUCAAGAACGUUUGUUUGUUCAUUUCCUAUCUGUAUAUCCAGCAGAGGUUUUGGAACAGAGUACGUUAUGAAAACGUCACCGAACACAUUCUUAAUAAAUGUGUUUGUGUUGCCCCACUAUGGGCUUUCAACUCUGAAGGAGAUCAAUUUUAUCGGCUCUGUCAGAACUUUGUGGAGCUCUGGAACUCUGCGCUACAUUCUAGAACAAGAGGUUCCUGAACAGAUUAGGUUCCGAAUGCUGUCAGUAAUGCUGGAGUGUUAUGAAAACACUGUCAGUAAUACUGGAGCGUUCCGGAACGCUUGAGUGUUCCAGAAUGCCGUCCCGAAAGACACGCACCCGCUGGCUUUGGUAGAACCAACUAUGUCCACUUGUUUCUGAGAGGGAGGGACCAACCUCACUCUUUAGACCACCUCUCAUUAGUUGCUCACUCCUGUCAUUCACCCUAGUCAGCCUAUUAUGAAAUUAGUUGAGACUGGCAAAGCCCGACCUGCCACACCCAAUUUAUAACUCACGAAGAAAAGAGCAUGACACACAAUGUGCACCAGUGAGGGGUGUCAUUGCAAUGUGGCAGGUUUCCAAUACAAAAACCUCCCCGUCCUGUCACAUCUAUCCAACCAAAGAGCAGGGGGAGGGCGGGCCUCUGUUUGUUUGCUGGAUUUGACUAGAACGUUUGUUGUUUGACUGACAGGUGAACGGUGGGAAGGACGGGGGUGUAAUAGAAGGAAGGCUUGAAGGAGGGUGGGAGGAGACGGACGGUCAAUCUAUGCAGUUUAGAUAAGAGGAAGACGACAUGUCCCGCCUCCCCCACCCAAGAUAGCCAAUAAGGAUCGAGGUUCAUGUUACCGCACCAAAAGGCUCAUCACACUGAUCACUGUAGAAAUAUCGCAGUCAAAGCCGGUGUCAUCUCCAAGCUGUCACAGCAGUUCGUCACCGUCAUAACAUUAUGAAACAAAUGAGAUGAACAUUUCGGAAAACUCUAAAAAUGCUGGCGUGCCCUGAUUACCUGAGUGUCGUGGUAAUAUUGUUGCGUUUUUGUUUUAUUAAUGGGGAACGUUUGUUGCUUCGUUGUGCUGCUGUUUUAGUGUGUGCGUGACGUGUCCCGUGACGUAUCGGCCUGACAUCAUUCAGCGGUUACCGUUUAGUCUGUAUGGUUUGAUGCAUUCGCCUGUUUCCUCCCUGCAUCCCUACACCUCAUGCCUGAGUGUGUGUUUGAGGUUUGUGAAAUGUGAUUCACAACAUUUUAAUGCCUGAGUUGCACCGGUGCUACUGAACAGGAGAGGCUUUUCCUACUGGGGAAUUUCCUCUGUGGAAGGUGGAACAUGUGACACACAAACUCACUUGCAUGAACACCUCUGAUGUAUACAUUUUACACACAGGACACACUGGAUAUACUCCCCCUAACAUUUCACAUUUCCGUGUUACAUAUCAUGCCAGUGCUAGUGUUAGACUUUGUCACUUAGCAUGCAAUAGCGUUUGCUCGUGUUACGUAUAGAUCAUGUAGAGCUGCUAGUUGGAGGAAAGACACUUUCCGUGAGUUCAGACCAGUAUUGGGGAAAGAAUGAGACCUAAGAAAUAAUACGGGAAGUUGAUUCUUGAUCUUGGAAAUAGUAGUUUGACAAAAUAAUCUCAACACGCUUGCUAACAUUUUAACUAGCUAACUAAUUUUGCAAAGAUAAUCAAUCUGCCGAUGAUUGUAGAAUGCUAGUUAGAUUAUUUGGUCAAACUAGUUUAAUUUUAAGUAGAGCAUUUUGCUUUCCAUUGGCUCCUUCACUAAGGUGUAGCAAUAUACAGAAAUUAAAUUAUUUAAAUUAUAUUUACAGUAGCGUUAGCAAUAGCUGUUAGCAGCACGUCUGCUGGAGGAGACAACCUCGACACUGCUCCAGAUUGGGACAACAUGCAUUUGUAGUUUUGUACAAGCAUGUUUUUGUUUCUUAAGUGUGGUCUGUGUUGAGAAGUGAAUGUGUGUGUUGCCCUAACCUGGACACACGGUUGUGUUGAAAAUGACUGGAGGAGGGGGUUUAAAGGAGGAAGGUUUGUCUGAGUGAAGGCUCUGUGAUACUUGGGUACCUUCAUCUCUGUUGAGGCCUACCCUGGAUGUUCCAAGGAAGAAAAUAAGUUCCAAAGGUCCUAUGGCCCCCAGCUCAAUUUAAGAUAUUGUUACCUCCACAGUGGCUGAAUGAAAUGUUACCUAUCAAUCCAUCUCUCUUCAAUCUUUUGAAUGUUGAACUGCGACGAUAGCCCUUACCGAUCCCUUACAAUGUUAGUGUAUAUCAAGAACAUAGGGCCAUGGGAACGUAGGUGUGACCCAAACAGGGUAACAAAUACCACCUUACAUUCCACAAAAUAAGUCUACACUCAGUGUCAAAGCAAUAAAGUCAGUUUGUAGAAAUUAACAUUUAUAUUACAGAAAAAGUGGUAACUAGCUAGCUAGCUUUGUGUGUCUUGAUUGUCACCCCAGUGUCGAGGUUUACAGUUGCAAAGUGUUGUUACGUUUGGUAAAAGUCCUUUCAAGGAAUCAAAGGAUAAUAUCUGGUUCUAUUGAUUGAAAAAAAAUACCUUUGCAACUCGGCAAGCUAUGACAGGAAGUGUGAGUUGUUUAUCACGUUAGCCUCUUUGUCCCAGCUAACAGUACUUCUUGCUGCCAAAGGCAAAGUGUAGGCACUAAGGAAGUUCUCACUGCUUUGUUGAAUAUAUUGUGUGUUUUCUUGGAAGUCAUAAAAGUUAAUAGUGCUGUUAGUUCUAGAUGUCUGAGAUACUGUAUUAAUAGUCGCUAUUUUUAAAUGAAGAGCGAGGUUUAGAGAAGAGUGGAAGUGGGAGUUUUCAUUUUAUUCUUCCCAAAACCAAAGCUUAGCAGCAAAAUCCAAUAGAUGUUUAUUCCGAUAAAUUGUCAGUAGAUUUAGAAUUUAGCACUUUCCUCUGCUGUUUUGUUGUUGAAACAUUCAUGGUGUUUUUUAGACUGUAGAACAGACACUGUCCAUACAUGGAUAUCAAAUAAUAUGUGUAAAUCAAACACAAGUAUGAUUUUUUUUUUUAGUGAUUCAUCUUGGAAAUGUCAGGCAUGUAUUGAGGGAUUUGAUUGACAUUUCACCAUUCUUCGUUAAAUCAUGUCAGCCGCACAAUAUUAGAUUCAAUCACGUGUUCUCAAUGGUCGACGUCACGGUCGUCUUGUUAGUCUUGCAAUGGUUUGGCGGUGGAUAUAAAAUCAGCAAAAAAAGGAUGCCGUCGUAGCACCAGCCAGCUUGAUGACACUAAAGUUUAUUUGCCGUAUGUGUGUAUGGGCGUGUCUUUUGGUUGUGUGUGUGUUUUCUGUAAAGUCAGCCGCCAUUCCUCUUGGGAAAGAGAAAACGGACAAACAUCGGAAAACCAUAAUUAAGCAACUCUGUGAAGGUUGGGUAGUUUGUCCGAGUUUUCAUCCCCCAACCUCUCCUUUUGUCUUCCCUCUUCCUGUUUGUGUUGUAGCUGUUUGGUUGUACUAAAAGACAAUGUUGAGGAUUGGGAGUCUGUGCCUUCCCCGCCCCAGCAGACCCUGCCCAACCCGUUGUGUGUAAUAAUGAUGAUAAUAACAAUAAUAAUAAUAAUAAUAAAAAAGGCAUGCAAAAGCGUUGUGGAGUUUGCAUGAUGGUGUUUUUUGUACCCCACCCUGCCCUCCAUGUCGUGCACUUUACCGCUCAUGGACCUGACUUUAGUUAGCUUGUUAGCUAACUAUUUUACUUGCUCCUUCUUAAUCUGCAUUCUCAAUUUUCUUUUCAAUCUAAACACAUGUUGGCUCACGUUACUUGCUCACGUGUGCUCUGUUUGUAACAUUGUUGGAACAGUAACUGUAUUUUUAGGGUGUUUAAGAAGCAGUUGAUAUUUUUGAAAGGCUACAUUUUGAAAUACCCUCGACUUCAGCCAUCCUGCUCCCCACAUCAACCGCCAACCCACCUUACACACCUCAACUGAUCUGUGUUUGCAUUUGUGUUAUUUGUUUGUGGAGGAAUCGUCCCCUCAACUAUUUAUUAUUGUAAAAAACCUUUGCCUAUGGGCUGACCUCCUGCUGCCCCUCCACCUGGCCUUGUGUGUGUGCAGCAUGCCUCCCUUCCUUUUCAGUAAAACAAAUUUGGUGCUUAAAUGCGCGAAUGUGUGUGUGUGUGUUUGUGAUUGUUCGGAGCAGCACGAGUUUGUUUUGUUGUGCGAAGCAUCUGAUCGCAGGUCCAAGGGUUGAAGCUGUUUGAUGAAAUCCACAUUGCGUGUUUUAAAAAAUUGUGACAGAUGGGAAGAGAUCAGACAUAUUUAUGGACGCCAUGAUCACUGUUAUUAUUAUGUAUUUGUUAAAAUUCAAACCAAAGCGUUUUUUGCCCUCCCCUCAUGUGUUCUCAAACGGUUCGCCGCUAAUAUCAAAGAGCACAACACGAGUGAAGUUUACACAGAGUCGUUCGUCACAAAUGGUGAUAAAAAUAAAUUUAAACCGAAACUAUACAAAUAUGAAAGGCCAGCCCCCCAGCAACUACCAGCCCUCACUGUAUGUUGGUCUGUCCACCAUUUACAAAAUAGUAAUCUCACGCCACAACAAUGAUGUCCGCCUCCACACCCCUUUCCCUUUCUCCUUCACCUGUACACGUUAGUUUGUGUAAAAAAAAAUGGAGCAUACUCAUCUGUUAAAACGUUAGCGUAUGUACACUUCUCCUCCACUUUGAGGGAUUUACGGAGACAAUGGUGGUGCUUUCUUAUUCUACUUAUUAAUUGCUCUAGUUCUUGUUAUUUUGGUGUUAUUUUCUGUAUAGCUUGUUUAUCAGUCUCUGUGUGCACACUGCAGGAUCAAUGCUUCCCUGCAAGGUUUUGCUGGCUAGUUAAAUGGCCUAACUAGUCAAUAAUUUCCACAAAAAUAACAAUGAAGCAGUGCUAGUUAACAAUGCUACUCGAUUUCUUUCUGCUGCAGGAUUCAUUACCUCUACUGCACUUUGAUGUAAAAGUGAAUAUAGUUGGUUUAAGAGGGGUUUUGUCUUAAAACAACCUGGACAGCAUUCUUAAUCCUAUGGACUGCUCAUUGACCCCCAAACUGGGGUCAAUGAGCACAAGACUGGUCCUAUUUCUUUGCAGGGAUUUAGAAACUAGGCUAGCAGAUUUCCACCAGCAAAUCGUUGGCAAAUAAUGUUGCAUAAAUGAAAUAGUUUCUCUUACACUAAUGUGCAUAUCCGCUUCCAAAUUAUUGUGCAUGUGCAGUAGAGAUAAUGGAUGUUUUACUGUGACUAGUAAACCCUUCAGUGAGCAUUUUCCUGUGUGUGACAGAGGACUGCAGCCUUGUAAUCUGUAGUCACAUGUAGACAAGAAAAUAUAUAUGACUCUUACAUCAACAUACUGCAUUUCUAUUACUGUGUGUAUGUGGCUGUGUAGCCAUAUUCGCUUCUCCUGGCUGUGUACAGUUUCUGUCAGGGUGGGGUGCAGAAAGCAGGAAAAAAUCAUGUAGAGAGAGUUUGGGUGCGACACAAGGACUCCAAAGAUUGAUUAGCCGGUAGCCACAUUAGAUCGUGUGUGGAAGUAAAUGGGCAUUUUGUCAAACACACAUAUUGAACAAUGACUUCCUUUCGUUUGAGGUCGAAUGUGUGCGGGCUAAAUGCGGCUAUUUCUGAAAAAUUAACUUUCUUCAGUUUGAAUCUGCCCAAUGUGUUCAGAGGCGUGUCUGUCUUCCAAGUUUGUUAUCAACAGACACCGACGAUUCAAGUUAAUGGUGCGUUUUCUUUUUGUUCCUUAAUAGUCGGACGAUUCAACUCUUCUCUACGAUGAUUUUUGUCUUCCUGAAACAAUUUUCAAAAACCAAAACCUGUUCCAGUGCCCUGCUCUGGAGGAUAAAAUGUUUGUUUGUUGUCAGCUGUGAUAUUAAUUGUUGUUUCUGAUGAUUUUCUUUUGACGCUGCACCCAUGUCUUUCUACUCUCCAUCGUACGAGACAGUAUUUCCUUUGGAAUCAGUGUUUUUGGGGAGGGAGGAGUCAGGGGGGGACAUGAAGAUAGACCAUCAUGGUCUCUGCCAUAGCAAAUAAGAAAGACACUUAUAUAAACAUUGUUAUUAUCAUUAUCAUUAUUAUUCUUAAUAUUAUUAUUAUGAUUAUUACCAUAAAUGACAAAUUAAUUGCAGUAAAACAUUUGCAAAAACCCAGAGGGAGAACGAACGGAAGGUGAUCAAACAUCUAAACUUUAAAAAAGGGAGGUUAUGACGAUUCUAUAAUGGCAAUGAUUUAAAGAAGUACAAAAGGAGUUAUGUUAUCAUAAAUAAUAAGUAGUAAUAUUGAAUAUUGAAUGCUCGCAAUUUUGUCAAACUGAAACUGGAUUCUUUGUGUUAUGUAAUUAUUGUAAAUAACUUCAAAGAGAGAAAAAAUGACUUGCAUGUCUAUGUAUAAAUCUACUGAGAUACCUAUUCCCGUCAAAGUUGAAACGCAGUUCGAUCUCUGUCCUUUUUGCCAUUUUUGUUCUCCCCCACCCUAAAAGUAUUUCCCGCCCUCACUUCCGUGUCCCCCACCUCCGCAGCCCUUCGAUUCUUUCCACGUGGAAGAGACGCCAGCAGAGAGAAAGAAAAACAUAUCUUCCAGCGUGUUCGUCCGCCAUGCUCAGCUCACAUGCUGCGUUUAGGCCCAACCACGGAAGAAAAUACGUACGAUCGUGUUUUUCCAUCGAGAGGCACUGUCAGUCUUUUUUUUAAAGAGCCCUUUAGUUCCGUCUAGAAAAAAAAGGGCAGAAUAUAUUUAGACGGGAAUGAAGAGAACUUGUUUAUCCGCGAACAUUUUGGGUUUGAACGCAGCCACCACCACACCACCGCUCAUCACCACAGCUCCGGAGGAUCCACCCACUGGCUCCUCUGAUGAAAGUGCUUCCCUCCAUUAUAGGAAAAAUUAACCCCGCGGUCCCUGAUCACUUAGCGGGUUCUGAUCUCUUUCUUUCUCUCUCUCUGUCUGACUUUUAGUCUCUCGAACACAGCUAGCUAGCCAAACGACAAAUCUAUAACUCAUCGCCUGCCGUAUUCCCCAGAGAAAAAAAUGCACCAGACUUGUCCCCUGCCAGUUAGUAGCCAAAUCCGGAGAAAUAGUCUGCACACACGUCAUACUAUGAUUGGUGAAAGCAGCUCCAAGGUAGCGGCUAAUUUGUUUAUAUGGAUGCCAUGUUGCUUAUACCCAUCGAACAAGCCCACUAUUUCAAAUUCUGCAGGAAGUCGCUUUAAAAGAUCUUUGUCGUAACACUUUCAGGCUAACAGCAACAAGUGCAACACCUGAGAUGCAGUUGAGAAGCGUUUUAAUGCUAACAUCUCAGUUUCAUUAGAAGUCAAUGGGCGGAGAUCAUUUGCCUUAAAGUGCUUUUGGGAAAGGUUUUAAAACCACAUCACGUGUUACUCUUCAAACCACCCCAGUCUUCUGUCGUUGCUCCAUCAUUUAGUUCUCACCCAGUUCCUGGAGGAGGUCUGAGCUUCUGUUUCUCAAAGGCGUCAAAGUGCAAACAAGAAAUUGGAUUAAAGCUACAUUUGCGUUCCUGAAAAGAAAAUGAUCUUCGGUUUUUUUACCUUUCAGGCUUCAGAAUGUAGUUCAGACCAGAGUCACGCCUUCGAUGUGUUUAAGGAACACGGUGCUCGAGUCACCUCCUGACUUUCGGGCCCUGGUCUCUAGCCUCACACAGGCCUACCGUAACAAAGCGUGCAAUAUUCAGAGAAACAAAAAGGGCUUUCUUUAUCAUGCAGAGGCGUUCAAGGCCCUGGACCUCGUGCAGGAACUCGAUUUAGAAAACAAAAUCCAGUUUAAGACCUUCUGGAGCAACAACAAAGAAAUUAAAUGAAAAACCCAGCAGAUGCAUGGAUAAUAAAGAAAGAGGGGGGGAAAUGGCAGGCAAGAGACGGCAAAAAAGAUUUCCAAAAUUUAAAAAAACUAAAAAAGAGGACGGGGCCAUCGCUCUGCAGACGCAACUUUGACCGGAAAUGCAACUUGUGUCCCGUUUUUUUUGUGUGUGUAUGUGUGCGUAGCGUAAUGUAAAGCGAACUGUCCCCCCCUCCCCUCCCUCCCCCUCUAAAAAAUACCUCCCCCCCUGCAGCCCUGUCUCCCCCUCCUCCCCCUCUCUCGUACUGCUGUUGGCUGUUCUGUUUAGUUCAUGUGACGUGCCAGUAUUCCCCCCCUACUUUACCCCUUUGCCUCCCCACUAUCCCAAUCUCUCUCCCCCUUCUCUCUCUCUCUCUCUCUCUCUCUCUCUCUCUCUCUCUCUCUUUUCCCCCUCUCUCUCUCUCUCUCUUCCUCUCCUUCUCUCUUAACCCCCCCUCUCUCUCUCUUCAUGGAUCUUUAAGAUGACAACUCUAUGCAGAUGCUGUCUUUUAUAAGUGUGUCAACAUUUUAAUUUAAAAUAAAAACUUAAAAAAAACAAAACCCUGACAGACAUGUUGAAAUGAUAACAAAAAA